AUGACGUGCGUGAUAAUCAUCGGCCCGUUGGGUGGAACCGGAAUCACGAAAGAUGACAAAUUGGCCGAGACCAAGACCGGCCCCGAUGGUGCCUUCGAACUGUUUGGCGUUUCCAACGAAAACUUGAAAAUCACCGCCAAAUUUAACCUCUACCAUCAAUGCGGAAUGACGGUCCCGGUGUGCUACUACAAAUUGAGCUACACCGUGCCAUCCACUCACAUCUUCAGCGGAUCGAAGGCGAAAACGUUUUACAACGCUGGUACGAUCGAGCUGGCCCAUCAGAAGCAGGAACGCGAUUGCCUCAAC